GGCCGCGGCCUUGGAGACGCGGGGGCGGGGCCAGCGGAGAAGCGCGACCUCUGACCCGCGGCGGGGCUCCGCAGGAGUCAGCGGGCGGAAGUGCGGGCUGCGGGUGGCCAUGGAGGAGCCUGUUCACGACGGGGUGGCCUCGCCGGCCGCUCCUGGGACCGGGAAAUCCAAGCUGGAAACAUUGCCCAAGGAAGAUCUUAUCAAGUUUGCCAAGAAGCAGAUGAUGCUAAUACAGAAAGCUAAAUCAAGAUGUACAGAAUUGGAGAAAGAAAUUGAAGAAUUGAAAUCGAAAGCUGUUGCUGGAGGAACUGAUGAUAUUAUUAAGGCAUUGACCAUACGUCUGGAUGCUAUGCUUUUGGAAAAAGCAGAGACUGAGCAACAGUGUGUUUCUUUGAAGAAGGAAAAUAUUAAAAUGAAGCAGGAGGUUGAGGAUUCUGCAACUAAGUUGGAAGAUGUGCGCGAGGAGUUUGAACAAUCACAAAGAAACUAUGUGAAAGAAAUGGAAAAUUUGAAAAAUGAAUUAAUGGCAGUACAUUCCAGAUACAGUAACGAUAAAGCUGGUUGGCAAAAGGAACUGGAGGAAGCAUCAAAAAAACAAUUAGAGCUUUCAGAACAAAUCAAAUUUCAGAGUGAUUCUGAAGAUAAUGUUAAAAAACUACAGGAAGAGAUUCAGAAAAUUAAGCCGGCCUUUGAGGAGCAGAUUUUAUGUCUGCAAAAGCAGUUAGAAGUUGCCACAAAUGAAAAAGAGCGAGAAAUUACUCAUCUCCAAGGAGUCAUUGAGGCUAAUUCUCAGCAGUACCAAAAAGAAAUUAAUAGUUUGCACGAGGAACUUUUACAGUUGAAAUCUACACACCAAGAAGAGGUGAAAGAAUUGAAGUGCCAGAUUGAAGCAUCUGCUAAAGAACGCGAAGCAGAAGUAAAUCAUUUAAACCAGCUAAAGGAGAACUUAGUCAGACAGUGUGAGGCAAGUGAGAAGAACCUUCAGGAGAAAUAUGAAUGUGAAUUAGAAAACGCAAACCAGGAAAAUCAGAUGUGUUCUUUGCUCUUACAGGAAGAUACUCUUGUAGAACAAGCAGUAAAUGAAAAAGUCAAACACUUAGAAGAUACCCUAAAAGAACUGAAGUCUCAACAUAGCAUCUUAAAAGACGAGUUAACUUACAUGAAUAAUCUUAAAUUAAAGCUUGAAAUUGACGCCCAGCAUACAAAGAAUGAGUUUUUUCACGAACGGGAAGAUUUAGAGUUUAAAAUUAAUGAAUUAUUACUAGCUAAAGAAGAACAGGGGUGUGUAGUUGAAAAAUUAAAAUCUGAGCUAGAAAAUUCAAAUAAACAAUUUUGCUGUACCGUAGAACAACAUAACAAAGAAGUACAGAGUCUUAAGGAACAACAUCAAAAAGAAAUAUCAGAACUAAAUGAGGCAUUAUUGUCAGGUUCAGAAAAAGAAAAAUUAACAUUGAUGUUUGAAAUACAGGGUCUUAAGGAACAGUGUGAAAACCUACAACAAGAAAAGCAAGAAGCAAUUUUAAAUUAUGAGAGUUUACGAGAGAUUAUGGAAAUUUUACAAGCAGAGUUGGGGGAAUCUGCUGGAAAAAUAAGUCAAGAGUUUGAAUCAAUGAAGCAACAGCAAGCAUCUGAUGUUAAUGAACUUCAGCAGAAGCUCAGAACUGCAUUUAAUGAAAAAGAUGCUCUUCUUGAAACCAUGAAUAGUCUCCAGAGAGAAAAUGAAAAGUUAUUAACACAGCAACAAAUUGUACCAGAACUUGAAAAUACCAUAAAGAACCUUCAAGAAAAGAAUGAAGUAUAUUUAGUUAGUCUCAGUCAGAGAGAGACCAUGUUACAAGAAUUUGAAGCAAAGAUAAGUUCUCUUACUGAGGAAAAAGAUGAUCUCAUAAGUAAAAUUAAAGGUUCUCAUGAAGAGGUGGAGACUGUCUAUCACAGUCGUGAAAGGGGAGAAAGGUUUAUUGUAGGACCCGGGGAGAAAGUGGAGCAGACUACCCAGUGCAACAGUGAGCUAGAACAAAAGGUAAAUGAAUUAACAGCACAACUAGAAGAAACCUUAAAAGAAAAGGAUCAAAAUGACGAAAAACUGGAAAAGCUUAUGGCUCAGUUGAAAACUCUCUCUGAAGACCAGGAAGCAGUGUCAUCUGAAGUGAAGUCUCUUCAUGAGGAAAAUAGUAGACUGUGUUCAGAAAAGAACCAGUUGAGCAGGGAUUUGGAAUCUCUCCUAUCUCAAAAAGAAGGAGAUUUUAUGCUGAAGGAGCAGAUUUCUGAAUUAGAAAAGAAACUUCAGUUAACAGUUGAAGAAAGAGAUAAUUUAAAUAAACUUUUGGAAAAUGAGCAACUUCAGAAGUUAUUUGUCAGAGCUCAGUUGUGUGGUUUUCUUGAACAAAUGGAGUCAAAAGUUUCAGAAAAAAGUGAAGAACAAGAUGUUGUAAGUGUCCUACAAGCUGUAGGUGAAUCCUUAGCUAAAAUAAAUGAAGAAAAACACAACUUGGUCUUCCAGUAUGGUAAAAGGGUAGCAGAGUUAGAAAAAGAGAUUAAGUUUCUCCAAGAAGAGAAUGUGAUUCAAUGUGAGGAACUUAGGUCUUUACUAAGAGACCAUGAGCUAGAGAAACCUCUCUUAAGGAAAGAGUUAGAAGAAACCCUCUUGGAAAAAGAGGCCCUGCAGUCUGAUCUUCUAGAAAUGAAGAAUGCUAAUGAACAAACAAGGCUUGAAAAUCAGAAUCUCCUAAUUCAAGUUGAAGAAUUAUCUCAAAAAUUAUGUAGUAAAAAUGAAAACCAUAAUGAAAAAGAAAAAUAUUUUAUAAAGGAACUUGAAAACCUAAGGCCAUUACUAGAACAAAAAGAAUCAGAACUGCAAGAUGUGAGAGCAGAGUUGAUAUCAUUAAAGGAUUCCUUAGAGAAAUCACCUUCUGUAGAAAGUGAUCAACCUUCAGUAAAAGAGUUUGAAGAAAAAAUAGCAUAUCUGGAAGAAGAAUGCAAAGACAAAGAGGAGAAAAUAGAGAAGUUAAAACUAGUUGCUUUGAAGGCAAAGAAAGAACUAGGUUCUAGCAGAAAAGAGGCCCAGACGCUACGGGAGGAACUUGAAUCUGUUCGCUCAGAAAGGGAUCAGGUGUCUGCUUCCAUGAGAGAUCUCAUUCAAGGAGCAGAAAGCUAUAAGAAUCUUGUAUUGGAAUAUGAUAAGCAGUCAGAGCAGUUGGAUCUGGAGAAAGAACGGGCUCAUAAUUUUGAGCACCAAGUAGAAGACCUGACAAGACAAUUAAGGAAUCUGACUUUUCAGUGUGAAAAAUUAAACUCAGAUAAUGAAGACCUCCUGGCCCGUAUUGAGACACUGCAGUCUAACACCCGGUUAUUAGAAGUGCAGAUUUUGGAAGUCCACAAAGCCAAGGCCAUGGCAGACAAAGAGUUGGAAGCUGAAAAACUUCAGAAAGAGCAGAAAAUAAAGGAGCAUGCCAGUUCUGUAAACGAGCUUGAAGAGCUUCAGCUACAACUGCAAAAGGAAAAGAAACAGCUUCAGAAAACCAUGCAAGAAUUAGAGCUGGUUAGAAAGGAUGCCCAACAAACCACAUUGAUGAACAUGGAAAUUGCUGAUUACGAACGCUUGAUGAAAGAAUUAAAUCAAAAGUUAGCUAAUAAGAGCAGCAAGAUAGAAGAUUUGGAACAAGAAAUAAAACUCCAAAAACAGAAGCAAGAAACGCUGCAGGAUGAAAUGACUUCACUGCAGGCUUCAGUACAACAGUAUGAGGAAAAAAACACCAAAAUCAAGCAGUUGCUUGUGAAAACCAAAAAAGAACUGGCGGAUUCAAAGCGAGCGGAAACUGAUCACUUAAUACUUCAAGCGUCUUUAAAGGGCGAGCUGGAGGCAAGCCAGCAGCAAGUAGAAGUGUAUAAAAUUCAGCUGGCGGAAAUGACGUCGGAGAAGCACAAAGCUCACCAGCACCUGAAGGCGUCCGCGGACCAGCAGCAGCGCACGCUGGGCGCCUACCAGCAGAGGGUGGCAGCCCUGCAGGAGGAGUGCCGCGCGGCCAGGGCAGAACAAGCUGCUGUCACCUCUGAAUUUGAGAGCUACAAAGUCCGAGUUCACAACGUUCUAAAACAACAGAAAACUAAGUCUGUGUCUCAGACUGAGACCGACGGAGCCAAACAAGAAAGAGAUCAUCUGGAGAUGCUGAUUGACCAACUAAAGAUCAAAUUACAAGACACCCAAAAUAACUUACAGAUCAACGUCUCUGAACUGCAGACCUUGCAGUCUGAACACGACGCCCUACUAGAAAGGCACAACAGGAUGCUGCAGGAGACCGUGUCCAAGGAGACCGGGCUCCGAGAGAAGCUGUGCGCCGUGCAGUCGGAGAACUCCGCGAUGAAGUCUGAGCACGCACAGACCGUGAGUCAGCUCUCGGCCCAGCACGAGGCCCUGCGUGGCAGCUUCCGAGACCAGGUGCUGCAGCUGCAGGAGGAGCACCGGCGGACAGUGGAGACGCUGCAGCAGCAGCUGAGCAGGCUGCAGGCCCAGCUCUUCCAGCUCCGGAGCGAGCCGUCCACAAGAAGCCCAGCUUCUUCCCAGCAACCUUUGAGGAGCCUUCGAGAAAGGAGAAGCGCAGACCUCCCGCUUCUGGAUGUGCCGGCCACGACCCGGGAGGAGGGGGAGGGGAUGGAGACCACGGACACCGAGUCCGUAUCUUCCGCCGGCAUCCACGUGCAGUCCUUAGAGCAGCUGCUCCGUUCUCCCGAAGCCAGACUCGAGCCUCCUUCCUGGCACGCUGAAUUCACCAAAGAAGAAUUGGUUCAAAAGCUCAGUUCCACCACAAAAAGUGCCGACCACUUAAACGGGCUGCUUCGGGAAACAGAAGCCACCAACGCCAUCCUCAUGGAGCAGAUUAAGCUUCUGAAGAGUGAAAUAAGGCGGCUGGAGAGGAACCAGGCGCGAGAGCAGUCGGCCGCCAACCUGGAAUACCUGAAGAACGUGCUGCUGCAGUUCAUCCUCCUGAAGCCGGGUAGCGAGCGGGCGCGGCUGCUGCCCGUCGUGGACACGAUGCUGCAGCUCAGCCCCGAGGAGAAGGCCAGGCUGGCCGCCGCCGCCCAAGGUGAGGAGGAAAAUGCUUCCCGUUCCUCCGGCUGGGCGUCCUAUCUGCACAGCUGGUCUGGACUUCGAUAGACUGAUGGGAAAAGCAUUAUUUAUUAACCAAAUAGAAUCCAUUCGGCAAAAAAGUUUCAUGUAUAUGGCUGUCGUUCUUUUGUCCAGAAGCAUGUGUACGUAAGUCACAUCUCCGUGUGUGUGUCCAUACGUGUGUCUGGUGGGUUUAAAAGGCUCGGCCCGCGGUGAACUGCAGCAGGUGGAGUGUGGGAGGGGCCGCGGCCCAGGGACCCUGGCCCUCCCGCUGCCACCAGACCCAGGGGCCACGAGGCCACCCCACUCCCUCCUCCGGACCCUCAGGCCACGUGUGUCGGGGCCGCACUGUGAAUUCUGAAGUUAAAUUAGAUUUCAGUCCUGUACCAGCUGGGAUUUAGGCUUUUAAAAUAAUCUUUGAAGACCAUUUAUCGCAAGGUCAGACUUGCAGGUAGGUUGUUAUUAGUGACAAAUCAUGAGAGAAAAUUUGUGAGUUGGAGUGUGAAGGAAAAUGCUUUAUCAGUAACGCUGACGUCUUUAUGAUGGGAACGUAAAGUGAAUGUGCUGCCGUUCGUUACGAGACUAAGUUAAAAUGUGAUUCAUUUCGUUAUUUCCUUUCAAAUGAGCUGUUCUUUUUUCUCUGAAGUGUAUUACCUCAAAACCUGUUCUGGGAUCGGAUCAGAAGCCCUGGUCGCCACGUUCCCGCGGUGGGGAGACGGUGGGGGGGCGGUGCCCAGGGCCCUGCCCAGGCUCCUGCUGUGCAUCAGCUGCUUCCGCGCCAGGAGUCUGGCGGACCGGGGCCGCCUCCCCAGGUGACCAUUCACCGGGGCGCCGGCUUGCAGCUCCGCCUGCUCCCGGCCCCAGCGGACAGGUUGCUGCGUGCUGCAUGGGGCCCUGGGAGAUCGCACAGCCCCGAGAGCAGCUCUAGGUGCAGGUCACCUGCCUGGGCGCCUCUGAAUAUUCCAUGGAGCCCAUCAAACACGUGUCCUUAGCUCAUAAACGUGAGAAUGCUAGUUGCAGUAUUUCUUUGUGGAAAAAUCGCCUCACAGUGUGCUCUGGGAAGCUCUCUCAGCUUCCAGUUCAUACUCCGGUGUUCAGUCUCAGCUGGUGAACUGACUUUGUACUUUGGUGACUGGGAACUUUGGUUUCCAAUUUAAUUUAACUGAAACUUGCUGCUGACAUGUUGAGUUUGUUCUUUAAACAAAAAUCUCAAUGUCUGUCUUUCCUCCUGUUUUAGAACAACAGACCUACUAGUGAAUGUAUUAAUGAAAUGCAUCUAUUGCAGAGCUGACUUUAAAAGUUUGAGUUUAGUUUUUUCCUUUAUGAGCUGUGAAUAUGAGUAUGCCAGCAGUGUGCGCUAUAACUGUCACAGUAUUUAAAUAGAUUUCACUGUCUCUGCAAGUCCAGGCCUCUUUGAAGUCUGUAAAAACUUGUUUUGAAAUAUAGUCUCUACCUAUGGACAUAAUAACAAAAUGCCUUUUUGCAAGAUAAAAAAUGUAUUACUUUGAUUACAAAAGGGGUAUCCUUCCCUAGUUUCAGCAAUGAGAGGAAAUGUACUGAUUAUUGUAAUAUUUCUAUUAAACAUGUUGCACUGUUAGGCCUGCUCAUCUUCUAUUAGCCGAGGUCUCCUGGGCAUUUUGAGUUGCUUUAUGAAAUGAAUCUUGGGUUCCUUCUCUGCUGUCUUUACCAGUUGGGACCUCGGACCCUGGGUGCUUGGAGGAACGCAGGUCGCCCUUCGGGUCCGUGGUGCCUGCCGCAUCUGACACCUACCUUCCAGCUGAAACUCAGGCCACCUUGGCCUUUCCGUGGGCACCUCUCAAGUUCCGGCCUCUGUGGUGUGAGGCUUUCUUGUACAGCGAACUCUGCUUAUGCUCCAGUCAGCGUAAGUGGAGAAUUACAUUCCUUUAGGCAGAAGUGGACUACUCACUAGCAGUGCCGUGUCCUUUACCCAUUAGCCAAUGAUGAAUCUAAGAGUUCCCAUGAAGAUACAACAACGUUGCUGUUCGGUAAGCAGAGCACACAAAGAUGCUCACGUGUGGUUAAAUAGGAACGUGGUGGUGGCACUCGGUGCAAGACUGUUGUGUUUUGAUUUGGUGUCUGAAAAUCAACUGUGGCUUCGGCAUAAGCCAGGGGGACAACCUGUUACAGCUUUGCGGUGUCUUUGGGCUGAUUUUCACCCAUGAGUGUUAAAAAGCAUUUGGUUGUUUAUGUAUUUGGUUAUAUAGAGAAGGGAAUGUUUUUCACCUGCAUUCAAAAUGUGAUUACAUGGGAAAAGAAUCAAGUUCUGACAUUCAAGUUGUUACCGUUUAAAAAAAUAGAAAGGCUCCUGUGAGUCGAACGCUGAAUAUGGUGAGGAAACGGGAUUUCAGGUUCAGGAAUGCAGGUGACCACCUGGUUUCCUUGGAGGAUGGGCCCACCCCCACCCACCUCUCCAGAGUCUGCCCUCGCCCCUCCUCUCUGAGGACGGUCACCGCCCCUUCCCCACACACCCCAUACAGAUGCAGGGAGGCCCGGCCUUAGUCACCUGGACCAGGUGCAGGGCCCUACCCGAGCCAGACCACCUAGAUUCUCUCAGGGUGAGGACUUGGGACCAAGAGUCAAGUCAGCAUGUCUGUGCGCCCGGAAUCGGGACGUGUAAACGCAGGGGCUCCGGGUGCCCAGAAGGAGCGGGGAAAGCCCCACGCAAAGAGGCCAGUAAGCUGGCGCGCAGGCAUCACAGAGACCCGGGGCAAGGGUUCAGGGCCUUCGAUUAACAGCAUGGAGUGAGCUCGUGCUGUUAAAGUUCAAACAGAAAAGAAAGUUGAACAGAAAGAAGCAGACACUCUAAUCUAGGAAGCUCAGGAUUUAAUGGUCUCUGGUCUCUGAAAAUAAAAGAAAUAGAAAUUUUCAAAGAAAUAUUGCAAGAAAGCUUUGCACAACUAAAAGAGAAGUUCACAGUAAAGGGCUGAUCAGAGAUCCGGUAGAGACCGUCCGGACUUCCGACGGGUCGGCUUCAGAGUUUUUGACUUGUUGAUGGUGCGAAGGAAUACCUAUUCAGUAGAAACCGUACUUGGAAUUUUGAAUUUGGCUCUUUUCCCCCAGGCUGGCGAUACGUGGUCCGGCCCCUGCCGUGCUGCUGGGCAGUGGGGCCGUGGCUCCAAGUCACCCCGCGACCAGAGGGUGAACAGUCGGUACACUGACAACCAUUCUGCUUUCACUUUCAGUAGAGAAUUCAACAAGUUACGUGAGAUAGUAAACACUCUGUUAUAAAACAGGCUUCGUGUUAGAUGAUUUUGCCCAACUUCAGGCUAUCGUGAGUGUUCUGAGCACGUUUAAGGCGGGCUGGGCUACAACGCUUGUGGGGUCAGGUGUACUAAACGCAUUUUCCACUUUCAGUGGGUUUAGUGGGACAUAGCCCCAUGGUAAGUGGAGGAAGAUCUGUACAUGACUGAAACAAGAAUAUCGAUGUAAAUUUUUAGGAAAAAAAGAGGCUCCUAAAAGGUUUCCAGAGAGAAAAAAAACAAGUCACAUACGCAGGACACAGGAGGGAAAGGGGAGCUGCAUCAGACCUCUCGACAGCAGCACUGUACACCUCAAGGCACUGGAGAAAUUCCUUCAAAAUUCUGAGGAAACAUGAUUUCCAGCCUGGAAUUCUGUAAACACAAGCUCUCAGUUAAAUGGAAAGAGAAAGACAUUUUCAGAUCCUUAGGAACUGAAAAAAAAAAAAAAAUUACUUCCCAUGUCCUUUCUAAGGAACCUUUGAGAGAACCUGCUCCAGAGGGAGAAGAACAUGUAAAACCGCAGCCGCCGAGCAGAGACUCGACGCGGGAGAGCACUGAGCCGGGUCCCCGGGGGGUGGCUGGGCAGUGGCCAAGAGGCUGAGGACGGUAAACAAGGCUCCAAACGCGGGUUCUCCUAGGAAAAAAGAAGUGGAACUAAUAGAUUAUUUGAUACAGCUAAUGUGUAAAAUUUUAUUGAAAGAUGUUGGAACUAAUAAGGAUCUAUCGUAUAGCGCAGGGAACUCUUACUCAAUACUCUGUAAUGGCCUGUAUGGGAAAAGAAUCUAAAAAAGAGUAGAUGUAUGUGUAUGUAUAACUGAGUCACUUUGCUGUACAGCAGAAACUAAUGCAACAUUGUAAAUCAUCUAUACUCCAAUUAAAAAAAAAACACAAUUUUACUGAAAAAAAAAUAUGUUGGAAAUGGAAACGUGAACACUGACAACAUAUUUGAUAUUAAGGAAAUAUUUUUUGCUUUUUUAGUUUUGAUAAUGUUUAUGUUUAAAAAAUUCUUUUAAAAACAUGCUGAAAUAUUUAUUGAAGUCACAUUUGAUCUAAAUUAAUAUGGGAGGAGGGAAAAGUGGGUGAGAGUGUAAAUGAAAGAGGAUAACAAUAAAUUCAUGGUUUUCCAUGACAAACAUGUUCAUUUUAUGCAUUCUUUUCCCACACACCUGAAGCACACAGUUUUCUCUUUUUUACAUAAUUUGUACGUUGUGUUUUUUAAAAAUAUUGAGAUAUAAUUUACCCACCAUAAAACUCACUGUGUAGAGUGUACAGCUGAAUGGCUUCAGUGUAGUCACAGGAUUGUGAAACCAUCCCCAAUUUUCAUCAUUCCAGAAAGAAACUCCCUACCCGUUGUUAGCCUCUCCCCCACUAACCCAUCCCACCCUUGGCAACCACUGAUCUGCCUUCUGUCUGUAGAUUUGCCUAUUUGUAUAAUUCCUGUUACAUUGCAACUAACUCAUUCCUAAUUUCCCAAUAAAAGUAAUAACCUCAUGAGAUUAAAUGAAAUGAUGCAGUCAGAGGCUGACUCAGCACAGUGUCUGGGACAUAGGACACAUACAAUAAAUGUUAGAUGUUUUUAUUUUCCACUUGCAAUGUAUAAUUACAAACUAGUUUCAGCACACUCUUGUCACUGUCAUUACCAAGAAGAUUAACAUUAAUGUUAUCCAGUGAAACCAUUGUUUGUGGCUAUAAAUCUUUUCUGAGGGAUGUACUAAAUUCUAAAUGCAAAAAUUAAAUAUUUUUAAAAUUAA